UGAGCACCGUGGCCAAGAAAUGCCUUGCGCGAGGACUCUGAGGGUUCAAGCCCAAAGUCUGUUGGAACUGGGCGACCGAGUAGCCCCAUCAUAGUGAACGCAUGGAAGCCGGGGCGAGUAAGAUAGUGUUUGCCUUCUGGAGAGCUGACAGAUCACUAAAGAUGCUGAAGUUCCGAACAGUACGAGGGGGCCUGAGGCUCCUGGGUGUCCGCCGCAGCUCCACUGCCCCCGCUGCCUCCCCAAAUGUCCGGCGCGUAGAAUACAAGCCCAUCAAGAAGGUUAUGGUGGCCAACAGAGGCGAGAUCGCCAUCCGUGUAUUCCGGGCUUGCACAGAGCUGGGCAUCCGCACUGUGGCUGUGUACUCUGAGCAGGAUACUGGUCAGAUGCACCGGCAGAAAGCUGACGAAGCUUACCUCAUUGGCCGUGGCCUCGCGCCUGUGCAGGCCUACCUGCACAUCCCAGAUAUCAUCAAGGUGGCCAAGGAGAAUGGCGUGGAUGCAGUACACCCUGGCUAUGGGUUCCUCUCUGAACGAGCGGACUUUGCCCAAGCCUGCCAGGAUGCUGGGGUCCGGUUCAUCGGGCCGAGCCCAGAGGUGGUCCGCAAGAUGGGGGACAAGGUGGAGGCCCGGGCUAUUGCCAUUGCUGCAGGUGUCCCCGUGGUCCCAGGAACGGACGCACCCAUCACUUCCCUGCAUGAGGCCCAUGAGUUCUCCAAUACCUACGGCUUCCCCAUCAUCUUCAAGGCUGCCUACGGAGGCGGGGGCCGUGGCAUGAGGGUUGUGCAGAGCUACGAGGAGCUGGAAGAGAGUUACACGCGGGCCUACUCUGAGGCGCUGGCGGCCUUUGGGAAUGGCGCACUGUUUGUGGAGAAGUUCAUCGAGAAGCCACGCCAUAUUGAGGUGCAGAUCUUGGGGGACCAGUACAGAAACAUCCUGCACCUGUAUGAGCGGGACUGCUCCAUCCAGCGGCGGCACCAGAAGGUGGUAGAGAUCGCCCCUGCUGCCCACCUGGACCCCCAGCUCCGUACACGGCUCACUAGUGACUCUGUCAAACUUGCUAAGCAGGUGGGCUAUGAGAACGCGGGCACUGUGGAGUUCCUUGUGGACAAGCAUGGCAAGCACUACUUCAUCGAGGUCAACUCCCGCCUGCAGGUGGAGCACACAGUCACUGAGGAGAUCACAGAUGUAGACCUGGUCCAUGCUCAGAUCCACGUGGCCGAGGGCAGGAGCCUGCCCGACCUGGGCCUGCGGCAGGAGAACAUUCGCAUCAAUGGCUGUGCCAUCCAGUGUCGGGUCACCACUGAGGACCCUGCGCGAAGCUUCCAGCCAGACACCGGCCGUAUCGAGGUGUUCCGGAGCGGAGAGGGGAUGGGGAUCCGUCUGGACAACGCCUCUGCCUUCCAAGGAGCUGUGAUCUCACCCCACUAUGACUCCCUGCUGGUCAAAGUCAUCGCCCACGGCAAAGACCACCCCACUGCCGCCACCAAGAUGAGCAGAGCCCUAGCCGAGUUCCGCGUACGAGGUGUGAAGACCAACAUCCCCUUCCUGCAGAAUGUGCUCAACAACCAGCAGUUCCUGGCGGGCACUGUGGACACCCAGUUCAUUGACGAGAACCCUGAGCUAUUCCAGCUGCGGCCUGCGCAGAACCGGGCCCAGAAGCUGCUACAUUACCUUGGACACGUCAUGGUGAAUGGCCCCACCACUCCAAUCCCUGUGAAGGCCAGCCCCAGCCCUACGGACCCCAUUACCCCAGCUGUGCCCAUAGGCCCACCCCCAGCUGGUUUCAGGGACAUCCUUCUGCGAGAGGGGCCCGAGGGCUUUGCUCGAGCUGUACGGAACCACCAGGGGCUGCUGCUGAUGGACACGACCUUCAGGGACGCCCACCAGUCACUGCUGGCCACUCGUGUGCGCACCCACGAUCUCAAAAAGAUCGCACCCUAUGUUGCUCACAGCUUCAACAAUCUCUUCAGCAUAGAGAACUGGGGAGGAGCCACAUUUGAUGUUGCAAUGCGCUUCCUGUAUGAGUGCCCCUGGCGGCGGCUGCAGGAGCUCCGGGAGCUCAUCCCCAACAUCCCAUUCCAGAUGCUGCUGCGGGGGGCCAACGCCGUGGGCUACACCAACUACCCCGACAACGUGGUCUUCAAGUUCUGUGAGGUGGCCAGAGAGAACGGCAUGGACGUCUUCCGGAUCUUUGACUCCCUCAACUACCUGCCCAACCUGCUUCUGGGCAUGGAGGCAGCGGGCAGCGCUGGGGGCGUGGUAGAGGCCGCCAUCUCAUACACGGGUGACGUGGCUGACCCCAGCCGCACCAAAUACUCGCUGCAGUAUUACAUGGACUUGGCUGAAGAGCUGGUGCGAGCUGGAACCCACAUCCUAUGCAUCAAGGACAUGGCGGGGCUGCUGAAACCAGCAGCUUGCACCAUGCUGGUCAAGUCCCUCCGGGACUGCUUCCCUGAUCUCCCACUGCACAUCCACACCCAUGAUACAUCGGGGGCAGGUGUGGCAGCAAUGCUGGCCUGUGCCCAGGCUGGGGCAGAUGUAGUGGAUGUGGCGGCUGACUCCAUGUCCGGGAUGACCUCACAGCCCAGCAUGGGGGCCCUGGUGGCUUGUACCAGAGGGACACCCUUGGACACAGAGGUGCCUCUGGAACGUGUUUUUGACUACAGCGAGUACUGGGAAGGGGCUCGGGGACUGUAUGCAGCCUUCGACUGCACAGCUACCAUGAAGUCUGGCAACUCAGACGUGUAUGAGAAUGAGAUCCCAGGCGGCCAGUACACCAACCUGCAUUUCCAGGCCCACAGCAUGGGGCUUGGCUCCAAGUUCAAGGAGGUCAAGAAGGCCUAUGUGGAGGCCAACCAGAUGCUGGGUGACCUCAUCAAGGUGACACCUUCCUCCAAGAUUGUGGGAGACCUGGCCCAGUUCAUGGUGCAGAAUGGGUUGAGCCGGGCAGAGGCCGAAGCUCAGGCAGAAGAUCUGUCCUUCCCCCGCUCUGUGGUGGAGUUUCUGCAGGGCUACAUUGGGGUCCCCCAUGGGGGGUUCCCAGAACCCUUUCGCUCUAAGGUGCUAAAGGACCUGCCAAGGGUAGAGGGGCGGCCUGGAGCCUCCCUCCCUCCACUGAAUCUGCAGGCACUGGAGAAGGAGCUAAUAGAGCGACAUGGGGAGGAGGUGACCCCGGAGGACGUGCUUUCAGCAGCCAUGUACCCUGACGUCUUUGCCCAAUUCAAGGACUUCACUGCCACUUUUGGUCCCCUGGAUAGCCUCAAUACCCGCCUCUUCCUGCAGGGACCCAAAAUUGCAGAGGAAUUUGAGGUAGAACUGGAACGGGGAAAAACACUGCACAUCAAAGCCCUGGCUGUAAGUGACCUCAACCGGACUGGCCAGAGGCAGGUCUUCUUUGAGCUCAAUGGGCAGCUGCGGUCCAUCUUGGUCAAGGACACCCAGGCUAUGAAGGAGAUGCACUUCCACCCCAAGGCUCUGAAGGAUGUGAAGGGCCAAAUUGGGGCACCCAUGCCUGGGAAGGUGAUCGAUAUCAAGGUGGCAGCAGGAGCCAAGGUGGCCAAGGGGCAGCCCUUGUGUGUGCUCAGUGCCAUGAAGAUGGAGACUGUGGUGACUUCGCCCAUUGAAGGCACUGUUCGAAAGGUCCACGUAACCAAGGACAUGACACUGGAAGGAGAUGACCUCAUCCUGGAGAUCGAGUAAACUUGCCCCUGACUGACAGCCUUCAACGGAAGCUGUGCUGCCAGGGCAGGCCCAGGCCAGCCAGUGCCCAAGGGCUCAGGAAGGCAUUGGAGGUCCUGUCCCCCAUGGGACAGCAGCCCAUUCCCUUCAGCCAUUUGUCCUUUCCCUAACGGUGGACAGUUGUUCACAUAUUCAUCUCUUGCCAAAUAAGGGUUCUCCCCUCAUGGGACAAUACAGGUGGUAGAGAAGGUGGUCUUGGGACCAUGGGGAGAUUUAAGUGGUGACUUACCUCCUGGCAGGGGGGUAGGAAGACCUAAGCCCCAGGUCCUGGGAACUUCGCUCAAUAAAACUCCUUUCUCCUGUCCUCCACACUGGGUCCAGUGCAG